UCUGAUCUUGCAACCGGCCAGGUGAGCCAGUCUUGCACGCUUUUCUUCUCGUGCCCUGUCAUUCACACUUUUAGUUCAGUUUUUACUUCAGUUUAUGUUGCUCAGUUAGUGCUUCAGUGUGAGAAGAGAAACUUCAGUCCCAAGUAGGGGGUUGCGUUUCUAUAAAUAAAAGACAUGCUGGAUCCAGGAGUGAAUGAGGCCACAGAAACGGCCUUCAACCUCUGCCGGAAUUAUGAAGGUCAGUCUUCAGUUAUGUAACUAAACUUUCUGGAUCACCACAAUCCUUCCAAGACAUGCAGAGGAACAACACAGUGAAAGAACUGCUAGUGAGGAAACGCCAGAAAUGGACCUGCUCACCGGAGGACAACAACAUGGAGCAUGGAUUUAAAUUUGCCAAACUUGAAAAUUUUGCCGGUGAUGCGAGUCCUCACAUGUGGGGCCCUCAUGCACCCGUGAACCCAAACAGCCACACUCAUUUCCCUCCUGCUUAUCCUGAAAGUGUUGAUAUUAUUCUGGAACACAUGCAACAGCCAGGUUUCCAGGGAAACGUGGCUCCGACUGCUGAGGGCAAAAUGUCUUUAUUUCACUGGCAAAUCCAGCGAGAGACCCAGAGAGUUGGAGAAGUUUCUCCUGAGCUGCUGACCAUGCAAGAUGCAGAUGGUGACACAUAUCUGCAUAUAGCAGUGGCAAAGGGCAGACGGGCUCUGGCCUAUGUGCUUGCUGAAAAAAUGUCACAAUGUGGCUCUCUGGACAUGAAAGAACACAACGGCCAGACAGCUCUUCAGAUAGCCACUGCCACCGAUCAACACUUAAUUGUUCGUGACCUGCUGGCACACGGAGCACAAUUCAACACUCGUGACUCCUGGGGCCGCUCUCCCUUGCACGUGUGCGCUGAGAAGGGCCACUUUCUCAGUCUUCAGGCCAUCUGGAGGACCUUAAAGGGGAGUGGGCAACCAACUGACAUUGAAAUGUUCAACUAUGAUGGUCUGACCCCGCUCCACACAGCAGUUUUGUAUCACAACUCGGUCGUUGAAGAGCUGAGGCGUCUGGAAAGUCCCUGUUCCUACAUGGUGAUGCAUCUGGUGCAGAGGAAACAUAGCUUUGUUGAAUCUAUAAAGACUCUGCUGCUCAUGGGUGCCUGCCUUGCGACCAAGGAUCUCAAGAGUGGACGGACUUGUCUUCACAUGGCCGCUGAGGAGGCAAAUUUGGAGUUGAUGGAAAUUAUCUUUGACCAGCCACACUCUCUGUCCAUUGUAAAUGUUAAGACAUUCAGUGGAAACACUCCCCUGCACAUCGCCAGCUCACUGCAAAAUCAUCACACUCAAGUUAAAGCGGUGACGUUGCUGAUGAGAAAUGGAGGUGAACCCGGGACCAGGAAUUUGGAAAACGAGCUCCCGUCUCAGCUGGUGUCUGGAGGGCCCAUUGGUCAAAAGGUGCGGCAGAUCCUGAAGGGAAACAUAUGUAUGCUUAAGUGAAGCUCAAAAACACUGUCAGUCAGACAGUCCACUCUUAUAAAUUUAUUGUUUGCCAAAACAAGGCAGAUACUGGUUGUUUCGGUGAAAUAUGCCUAAUUGUCCAUUACCAUGUAAUGCUCUAAAGUAAGUGACGCUACGACUUGUAUCUUUUGUCAUUGUGUAUUUUUUAGGCCUUAAGCUGAUAGUUUAGAAUUGCCCUACAAUUAACAAAUGUGUUCUAGUCUUCGCUUUCACUCACAUUUCAUUAUUAUUUCAAAGGUUGUUUUUUUGUUGUUCUUUUCCACAUUUCAAAAUAGUUUGGAGAGCUGUUUUGGUAUAUGUUGUAAUGUAAUCAUUUGGACUGUUUUUUUAAAAUCUUUUUUUAAGUGUCUUAUGUGUUUUGGCAAGGAACUGUUUUUGAAAUUGUUUUGAGAUUACAAUAUACCAGAUUUUGUGUAUACAUAUAUCAAUCUUAGUAUAGUUAAUGCAAAUGUCAAAUGAAGGGGAUUGGAAAAAAUUAUUAUGAUAUAAAAUUACAUUGUAAAUGUUAAUCAUAUAGUGUACUGGCCUGACACUUUAAACAAGUUAAAUGUGUAUUAAACGUGUCUGAUUUUCAACAUAAAAAAGUAUUUUUAAAAUUAAAA